GAGCUAACGAAGUUGAUGGGGCUGGACCAGGGGCGGAGCCUAGAAGAACUGGGUGCGGCGUCCAGGGGGCGGGGCCGUGGGCUUCGUUCAGGAGCAGAGGAGGCAGCGGCGGGUGGCUCCCGGGGAACGAGCGGAGUUCGGCGGCGGCGGCGGCCCGCGCGCUCCGUCCCUCCCGGCCCGGCGUUCUCCGGAGAGGCGGCCGUCGGCGGGCGGGCGAUGGCGGCGCGGGGGUCGCGGCGGCGCGCGCUGCGCCUGCUCUUGAUGGUGCAGCUGCUGGCCGGGCGCUGGCGGCCGGCGGGGGCUGCGCGGGGCGCGCGGGGAGGAUUGCCUGAACUAUCCUCUGCGGCAAAGCAUGAAGACCGUUUGUUUAAGGAUUUAUUUGAAGAUUAUGAAAGGUGGGUUCGUCCUGUGGAACACCUGAGUGACAAAAUAAAAAUCAAGUUUGGCCUUGCAAUAUCUCAGUUAGUGGAUGUGGAUGAGAAAAACCAGCUAAUGACAACAAACGUCUGGUUGAAACAGGAAUGGAUAGAUGUAAAAUUAAGAUGGAAUCCUGAUGACUAUGGUGGAAUAAAAAUUAUACGUGUUCCUUCAGACUCUCUGUGGAUCCCAGACAUCGUUUUGUUUGAUAAUGCAGAUGGGCGAUUUGAAGGGGCCAGUACGAAAACAAUUGUCAGAUACAAUGGCACCGUCACCUGGACGCAACCAGCAAACUACAAAAGUUCCUGUACCAUAGAUGUCACCUUUUUCCCAUUUGAUCUCCAGAAUUGUUCCAUGAAAUUCGGCUCUUGGACAUAUGAUGGAUCCCAGGUUGAUAUAAUCCUGGAGGACCAAGACGUGGACAGGACGGACUUCUUUGACAAUGGGGAAUGGGAAAUCAUGAGUGCAAUGGGAAACAAAGGAAACAGAACGGACAGCUGCUGCUGGUACCCGUACGUCACGUACUCUUUUGUGAUUAAGCGGCUGCCACUCUUUUAUACCCUCUUUCUUAUCAUACCGUGCAUCGGGCUCUCAUUUCUGACUGUGGUUGUCUUCUAUCUCCCUUCAAAUGAAGGGGAAAAGAUCAGCCUGUGCACGUCAGUCCUUGUCUCUCUGACUGUCUUCCUCCUGGUUAUUGAAGAGAUCAUACCCUCGUCUUCCAAAGUCAUACCUCUGAUUGGAGAGUACUUGGUGUUUACCAUGAUUUUCGUGACACUGUCCAUUAUGGUGACUGUCUUUGCCAUCAACAUCCACCACCGCUCUUCCUCAACACACAGUGCUAUGGCACCUUGGGUUCGUAAGAUAUUCCUUCACAAGCUUCCCAAACUGCUUUGCAUGAGAAGUCACGUAGACAGGUACUUCACUCAGAGAGAAGAAACUGAGAACAGUAGCGGACCUAAAUCUAGGAACACUUUGGAAGCUGCCCUCGACUGUAUCCGCUACAUCACCAGGCAUGUCAUGAAGGAGAAUGACGUCCGCGAGGUUGUUGAAGAUUGGAAAUUCAUAGCCCAAGUUCUUGAUCGGAUGUUUCUGUGGACUUUUCUUCUGGUUUCGAUCAUCGGGACUCUAGGGCUUUUUGUUCCUGUUAUUUAUAAAUGGGCCAAUAUAAUAGUCCCGGUUCACAUUGGAAAUACAAUUAAGUGAAACCAAGAAAUUACUAUGAAUUUAGUUAGCAACCAUGCAUCUCUUAGGAAAUGUAUACAGUUAUGAAAAUGUGAAAUUAUUUACAAUUUGAUAUAGGCUGUAACAGAUUAUUAAGUUCUAACUUGGCUUAAUAUUGUCCGUUAGAACUGAACUCAUAACUUCAAGUAGUGACAGAACCUUGUCCAGCUGCGCUGGUGAAAGCCACUAACGUGGAAUCCGUGAUGAAGUCCACCUUUGGAGUGCUGGAAAACGCAGUUAUAUUUGAAGACCAUUUAAAACGCUUUCCAAAUUUAGGAAAAGCAUAUAUUUGUGUGGUUUUGAAUUUUCAGAAUGGGUCUUGUUAAAUUGCCCAGACUGGUCCCAAACUCCUGGACUCAAGUGAACCUUCUCUCUCAGCCUCCUGAGUAGCUGGAACUAUGGGUGUGUUCCACCAUGCCCAGCUAACAUAUAUACUUUAAAAUUCUUCUUGUCCUGUAUUCACAGAUGUGUAAUAAGUCAUGCUUCUAUAUGAAGUAAGUCAAUUACUUGGUUUAAUAAUGACUUAAUGUCUUAGCUAAUAUUCUGUUGCUAUGAAGAGACACCAUGACCACAGCAACUUUUUUUUAAAGAUUCCUUUAUUUUACGUAUUUGAGUGCUUUAUCAGCAUGUAUGACUUUAUGCCAGAAGAGGGCAUCAGAUCCCACUAUUGAUGAUUGUGAGCCACCAUGUGGUUGCUGAGAAUUGAACUCAGGACCUCUGGAAGGGCAGCCAGUCCUCUUAACCACUGAGCCAUCUCUCCAGCUCCACACAGCAACUUUUUAUAAAGGAAAACAUUUCAUUGGGGCUGGCUUACACAUUCAGAGCUUUAAUCUAUUAUCAUCAUGGUGGGAAGCAUGGCGACAUGCAGGCAGACGUGGUGCUGGAGAAGGAGCUCAGAGUGAUAUAUCUGGAUCAGCAGACAGCAGAAAGAAUGAACUACUGGGCCUGGCUGAGCUUCUGAAACCUCAAAGCCCACCCCCAAUGACACACUUCCUCCAAUAAGGCCACACCUCCUAAUAGUGCCUCUCCCUAGUGAUCAAACAUUUAAAUCUAUGAGUCUAUGGGGGCCAUUCCUAAUCAAACCACCACACUUAAUACAAUGCUUAUUGUAUUAUUGUUUUGUUUUUGUUUUUUCGAGACAGGGUCUCUCUGUGUAACAGCUCUGACUGUCCUAGAACUCACUUUUUAGACCAGGCUGGCCCUGAACUCAGAGAUCUGCCUGCCUCUGCUUCCUAAGUGCUGGGAUUAAAGGCGUACGCCACCACUGCCUGGUCCUUUACCAACAUCUUUUUUUAAUAAGUGAGAAAUGGUGACUGGAAACUCCCUAAGUCCACCUAUUCUUUAGUGCUUAUGUGGAACGGCUUUUGUGUUACCCAGUUUUGUAGGUGUCUUCCAUUGUAAACAUACAACAGGCGACUCCUGCAGACAUACAGUGACAUAUCCUUCGUAAUGACUUCCAUCCCCUCAUCCACAGUCUCUGGCUAAUAGAGCUGUUUAUGUGCAUUGUUUAUCUCUGACCUCAGAAUGACCUACUGCAGUUAUAGAUCCCAUCUCAAAAUGGGGGUAGCAUGUCUUUGUUUUGAUAAUUCUGUGGAAGAACCAUCCUCCAAAUUAAAGGUGUAUUCUGAGCUGGA